GAGAUCAUUGAUCUGACCGGUGAGGACACAAGCCCAGGCCCAGUGCCAUGGAGCAGCCCCAUCUUCAUCGACCUGACGGAGGACUCAUGCAGCCCUCCCCACACCACCAGCUGGGAUGAGCAGGACCCCAGGACCAAGGCUCACACCAAGGCCUGGCUGAACAAACUGCACUAUUUCAGGAGGACCGGAAUCCUUCACCUCUUUCUCCAAGGCGUAGCACCCAACAGGGAAACAGAGCAGGUAAAUGGGCAGAAACCUGAGCUCAUCCCCAAAGGGAAGCUGAGCAUGGUGCACACCACCAUGGAGGAGAACUUCCUGGAGGGCACCCUGCAUUUCCUGAGUGAGUUCGUCUCCUGCCAGCACCAUCCCCCCAAAGAAAUAGUCUCCCACCUGAUCACACAGAUCCUGUUGAACCCCCACCAAGGGGAGAUCCUGAAGGACACCUACAUGCUGCUGAUGAAGAUACAAAUGCUCCACCCAGCCAAUGCCACCACAGUGGGAUGGGACUGGACGCUGCUGAAAUAUGUCAUGGAGGACCAGGAGAAGCCCCCUGGCCGCCUCCUCUUCCUGCAGUAUGUGGUGCAGACCCUGGAGGAUGACUUCCAGCAGAACCUGAGGUUGCACAUGCUGCAGAAGUCGAUUGCCAAGGAAGUGCUUUCAUGCGACAGGUGCUUCAACAAUGUCAAGGAGGUGGUUGUAUGGUUGGUCGCAGCAGUUACAGGAGUCGGAUUCUCCCAGCCCUGGGAGCAGCCGCAAGAAACUACAUCCUCUUCAGCAGAAUCAAGGGCUGAACACAACUCAUCUGAACCAUGGCUGGCCAAGCAUCAGAAUCAAAAGGUGAUACUCCUGCUCCAGCGGAUGUUGUCCAUCGCAGUGGAAGUGGACAAAUCUCCCACCUGCAGCUCCUGUAAGAUCGCAGACGUGAUAUUCCCAUUUAUAUUGAAUAUUCCCCUGAGGAGUCAAAGGGAAGCUUUCUUAAACACCAUGGAUAGCCAGCUCCUGCGCUGCAAACUGCUAGAGCUGUUGUUCCAGCACAGUUGUGAUGUGCCGACGACCUUGCCGUUGUCUCUGGCGAAGAUCCUGUAUUUCCUGAGCCACUCGUCUGUGCUGCUGCAGUACCAAGCUGAAACAGCAACAUGGCAAAAAUGGGAUGAGAUGCUGCAGUACUUGAGUUUGCUGCUGCUGAGUUACCAAAAUGUAAUACUGGAACACUUGCGGAGCUCACUCAGUGACCGGAUGGACUUGAUCAUUCAGAAAGCCAAGCCCAAGCUCCAGGAUGACGAUGACAUCAGCCACCUGGAGGUCCAACUGAAGAUCGAGGACUUCAUCAGCCAAAUGAAGCAGGUCCUGGGGCAGCCUGUUCCCCUGCAGAUCAUGGACAAAUUGUGCAUGCUUCGGGAGUUGUUCCUCAUUGUCACUGCUACAUGGAGAGACAACCACUGCAGCGGGGGCACAAAGAGCUUCAUGUUUCCUCUAUAG